AGGCCGGGUGAGGCAGUCUGGCUAACGCUGUGGAAGGGAACAGACCUACUGACGAACACACUCACCACCACCACCACCACCACCACCAUCACUAUCAUCACCACCACCACCACCACCACCACCACUAGCGCCGGCUCACCAUCAACACCAGUACUGCCAAAACGAACUGAUUUUGCAAAGGUGUCCUCCACUACACAAAACAGGCGGGGAUGAGCUCAGUGGCGGCGCCCUCCUUAGGGGCGUGUACCUCCCUGGCAGACCUGGACACCAUCACUGACGAGGAGAGACUGCGAUGUAUGUGGCAGCGCGCGGAGGACUUCGGCGAGCGUCGUCGUAUCCGCGCCCGGAUGUACAAACUGAAGGAACAACGACUGCGUGAGAUGAUGCAGAAUGACGAGGAGUCGCUGGGCGCCCUGGCGGUGACGGACGACGGCGGCAGCGGCGGGGAGGACCUGGCCUCGUCCCCCGCCCCCGUGCGGCGCACCUCUAACAUACAGGUCACCAUGCACGUGGAGGGCGACAAGGCCGUGACGGAGUCCAUCUCGACACAGAACGUGCGCCUGGGCGGCCUGACCCUGCGCGGCGUGGACGGCGGCGUGGAGGAGGCGCUGGAGGAGCGCGUGCGGCAGGGCGACGAGGGGCGCGGCAGCAGGUUCCAGCGCAUCCUGGGCGAGCUGAGUGACGGCGAGGGCGACGGCGACGCGGUGGUCAACGUGACCAAGAACACGUACAGCAUCCAGUCCCGCGCGCUGGCCGGCGGCGGCUUCAUGUCCCUCAAGAACAAGGAGGUGCGCGACUCCGUGUCCCCGACGCGCGUCCUGCGGGAGCGCCGCUCCUCCGCCGAGGACACCGAGGGCCGCCUCACCUCCGACGACGAGGCCGCCCUCAGGAGCGAGAGCGAGAACGUGAUCCACGAGCUGAACAAGGCACGGAAGACCUCCACCAACACCAACACCACCACCACCAUCACCUCCUCCUCCAGGAAGACCUCCCGGGAGGAGAAGACCUCCUCCUCCCGCUCGCCGCGCGGCCGACAGUCCGAGAUCCCCGUGCGCCGCGAGUCGCCCCGCAAGGUGUCUGAACGCAAGAUCUCCCGCGAGCUGGACCUGUCCUCCGGCAGGCGCGGCGGCGGCGGCGGCAGCGAGAAGUCGUCGCCCACGUCGCCGUCCCGACGCACGCCCGGCGAGGCGUCCCCGCGGGGCCACGCCUCCCGCAAGACUGGCGCACAGAAAGACUCCCCCAGCCCCGGCUCCGGCCCCGCCUCCCCCAACAAGUCCCCGACGCGCCCCACCGCCGCUAAGGGCACACCCGCCAAGGACGUGCGCAAGGCCCAGCAGCUGGCGGCCAUCGAGCAGCAGAUGGAGGCGAGCAUCAUGUCGGAGCUGGACAAGCUGGACACCUACCUGAGCCGCGGCGGCGAGGAGGAGGAGGAGGAGGUGGUGAUGGAGCACGAGGAGGACGUGGUGGACGAGGCGGGCCACGUGGUGCGCAUGCUGGUGCAGACGCGGCGCCGCAAGGACGGCAGCGAGUGCACGGCGCGGCGCGUGGCGCGCAGCACCAAGACCGUGGACACCGAGGGCGAGAUUGACGAGAUCCUGGUGGGCAACCCCGAGCACGAGGUGCUGGAGCGGGACGUGGCCGAGGAGGAGGACGAGGAGGGCAACAAGAUCAAGAUCAUCACGGAGACGCGGCGGCGCCCCGACGGCAUCACCUACACCACCAAGAACGUGCUCAAGACCUCCAAGAUCUUCGACUACGACCACCCCGAGGACGUGGCCUACAACGAGGACGACGAGCUGCUGUCCACCGACGAGACCACCGAAACGGACGAGCACGGCGCCACCAUCCGCACGGUGACGGAGACGCGGCGCAAGAGUGGCGGCAUGGAGUACACCACCAAGAAGGUGUACAAGACGGCCAAGGUGCGCACCACGCGCAUCACGCCCUCCGAUGACGACGAGGUACUGGAGACGCGCGAGGCCGAGGAGACGGCCGACGACGGCGCCACGGUGCGCACGGUGACGCAGACGCGGCGCACGCCGCAGGGCGAGGAGUACACGCACCGCCAGGUGUUCCGCUCCCGCCGCAUGACGCUCUCCGCCGUGGAGGUGGGCGGCUGCGGCAUGCCCGGCAUGGACAACGACGACGAGGUGCUGAGUCGCAACGAGCGGGACGACAAGGACGAGGCGGGCCGCGCCGUGCGGGUGGUGACGGAGACGCGGCGGCGCCAGGACGGCUCCACCUACUCCUUCGAGUACGUGACGCGCCGCUUCCAGGGCACCGAGGCCGAGCUGAGCGGCGGGCCCGUGGGCGGCGUGGCGGCGUGCGGCAUCGCGGUGAGUCCCGACGACGAGCUGCUGAAGGAGGACGUGAAGGAGGAGACCCUGGAGGACGGCAGCACCGUCAAGACCAUCGUGGAGCGGCGCCGCGCCAAGGACGGCACCGAGUACAUGCGGCACCGCGUGCUGCGCGUGCCGCGCAUGCCCGAGCCCGUGCUGACCGUGGCGCGGCCCGGCGACGAGCUGCUGCAAGAGGACGUGAAGGAGGAGACGCUCAAGGACGGCUCGCGGUGCCGCGCCGUGACGGAGCGCCGCCGCAGCAGCGUGUCGGGCCUGCAGUACACGCUGCGGCGCACGUCCCGCGUGUACCAGGCCCACGCCCUGCACCCGCGCCACGUCGGCCACGAGGUGCUGGACGAGAACGAGACGGAGGAGGAGACCGAGGACGGCACGGUGGUGCGCACCGUGAGCCAGCGUGUGCAGCGGCCCGACGGCAGCGUGUACACCACCCAGCACGUGCACCGCACCUUCAGCACGCCCGCACCGCUCACGCUGACGGCGACCCACGAGGACGAGCUGCUGGACACGCGGCGCGAGGAGGGCACGGACGAGGUCGGCACGCGCGUGUGCACGGUGGUGGAGACUCGCCGCCGCGCCGACGGCGUACAGUACACGGUGGAGCGCACGGAGCGUACGGCGGGGCGCGGUCACGAAGUGGAGGUGACGCUGCGCACUUCGAGCGGGCGGGGCGGGGAUAGGCCCGAGCCGGGCGACAGCAGCCCCGAGGACGCCGUGGUGAGCGCCGAGGAGCACGAGGAGGAGGAGGAGGACGGCAGCGUGGUGCGCACCGUGGUGGAGGUUCGGCGCCGCGCGGACGGCAGCGAGUACACCAGCAAGACGGUGCUGCGCUCAGUGCCGGUGCUGGUGCCCGAGCGGGAGACGUCCUUCGUGGUCAUCCGACCCGAGGGCGGCGGCGACAACGAGGAGGACGACGACGGGUUCUUCCCGUCCGCCGACGACGAGGUGGUGCUGACGCGGCAGCGGGAGGAGCCCGGCCCCGACGGGCGCCCCGUGCCCGUGGUGGUGGAGACUCGCGUCAGCCGCACCACGGGCCAGCGCUACAACGUGACCAAGCGCGUGCACACCACGGACGUGCUGCUCACCGAGACGGGCGAGGAGCGCCGCGUGUCCCCCAGGGCCACCGUCACCACCACCCUCACCGCCAACGUCACGGCCGCCCCCACGCUCACGCCCACGCCUUCCACCAAAACCCCCCUCACCACCAGAACGAUCCCCACCACCAAGACCACCCCCACAGCCAAGACCACGCCCACUCCCACGCGGGCCACGCCCACCCCCAGCAAGGCCACGCCUACAGACACGCCCACACCCGCCAAGAGCACGCCCACUCCCACGCGGGCCACGCCCACCCCCAGCAAGGCCACGCCUACAGACACGCCCACACCCGCCAAGACCACGCCCACUCCCACGCGGGCCACGGCCACCCCCAGCAAGGCCACGCCUACAGACACGCCCACACCCGCCAAGACCACGCCCACUCCCACGCGGGCCACGCCCACCCCCAGCAAGGCCACGCCUACAGACACGCCCACACCCGCCAUGAGCACGCCCACUCCCACGCGGGCCACGCCCACCCCCAGCAAGGCCACGCCUACAGACACGCCCACACCCGCCAUGAGCACGCCAGUCAGCAAGCCUAUCCCCGCCACGCCCCGCGCCACGCCCGCCACACCACGCACGGUACCCGCGGCCCUGCGAGCCACGCCCGCCAGCCCCGCCUCCCCCGCCACGCCCGUCAGCCCCCGCGGCAGCCCUGCCAGCCCCGCCAGCCCCGCCAGCCGGUCCCCCGAGCGGCGGCCGGCUGAAGCGGAGCAGCCGGAGGAGCCGGACCCCAUCCCGUACGGCUCCGUGUCGGCGCUCAAGAACCGCUUCGCGCCCGGCAGCGGCCCGCGGCCCGAGGGCGGCGACGAGCGGCCGUCCUCGCGGCCUGACCGCACCAACACCCUCAACAAGAAGCGCUUUUUCGAGGACGCCGCCGCCAAGGUCGCCGAGGCCCCCGCCAGCCCCGCGGCUCCGGCGCGUCGCCCCCUGCCCGACGACAACUUGUCAGAGCCCGAGAUCGAGCCCCGGCACGAGACUGAGGAGGAGGAGGAGCCUGAGGAGGAGCCCAGGGAGGAGGAGGAGGAGCCUCUGGAGGAGACCACCUCCCCCUCGGAGGAGGAGCCCCAAGAGGCCCCCGCCCCGUCCAGGAAGGCUCCAGGAGCCAGGCCGGGGCAGCGGCCGCGGCGGGGCGUGGAGGAGGCCCCGAAGAAGCGGCGCGAGGUGAGCCCCAGGAAGGCGGAGGAGCCGGCGCGGCGCGCCCCGGCCAGCACCGGCAGGCGUGCCCCGGCCCCGCAGGACGACUCCCCACCCCGCAAGGCCGCCACCCCGCGCCGCCCCGCCAAAACCACCUCCCCCACUUCCCCCCAGCGCGGCCCCAGCUCACCCCAGCGCACUCCACGCUCGCCGGACCGCCGCAGCCCCGAGAUCACCCCCACGGGGAAGGGGUGCUGCAAGAAGGCCCCGGAGGAGCCCCGCAGCCCCACCAGGACCCCCGCCAAGACCGCGCAGCGCCCUACCUCUCCCAGGAAGGCCGCCUCCCCCGAGGGCAAGCCCCGCGUCAACGGCGAGGCGCCCCGCACGCCAGCCGAGCCCCGCGUCAACGGGGAGCGAGGCCCCCGGGGACGCCGCCCCGCGGAGCGCCCCACCGAGCCUGAGCGGGGCACAACACGCCCCACGCGGCUCUCUCAGUCCCCCCGCAAAGCCGGCACCCCCGCCACCCGCUCCCCCGAUAAGCGGGAGCCCGCCGCCCCCAGCCGCCCCGCUGCCACGCGCCCAGGCGACAAGCGAGGCCCCGUCAAGCCCAGCGACAAGACCCCGCGAGGCCGCCAGACGGAGCCCCGGGGUGGCAGCACCCUGGAGGUGCCGGAGGACCGCGCCCCCGUGGUCACCAUGCCCGAGACGCCCAUGACGGAGGACAUGAAGCCGCUGCCGCAGGAGGAGCCGCGGGGGCCGGAGAUCGAGGACGUGUCGGCCGCGCCGGACCUGCCCUACCACAAGGUGCACCGCCCCUCGCUGGUGCGCGAGCCCUCCGAGUAUCCCGAGGAGCCCGAGGCGCCCGGCGACUCCUCCCCUGAGGAGACCGAGGAGCCCGAGAGGAAGACCUCCCCCCGCCGCGCCCCGGACAGCCCCGGGAAGAAGACGCGGCCGCUGGAGUCCCGACUGAGCGACAAGAGCCUGACCAAGGACAAGAAGGCGCCGGCGCAGGAGCCGCGGCGCGCCCCGCGGGACAGGCCGUGGCUGGCGGAGAAGCGGAACUCCUUCGAGCGCCGCCCCAGCGACGGCAAAACCACGCCCACUCGCGGCCCCGAGCGGCGGCGGCCCGGGGAGCGGCGCCCCAGCGACGAGGCACCGCGGGACGACGCCCGCCCCGAGGAGGAACCUCGCCCCGCCCCCGUCGAGGACAAGGCCCCGGCCCCCAGCCCCGCCCCGGCAGAGGAGACCCCGCAGCAGCCUGUGGGACGCAGCCCCGCCCCAGAGCGGAGCCCCGCCCCCAUCAGCCUCACCAGCAGCGGCAGCGUGGCCGCCAGGCGCUCGCUGUUCAACCGCGCCGCCGCCAGUCAGCCCGAGGCGCCGGCCCCCGAGGCGCGCCCCGACCGGCCGGGCCGCAAGCCGUCCUUCGAGAUGAAGGAGUCGGUGUUCUCGCGGCGCUCCCUCUUCGAGCAGCCGAGCCAGGACACUGCUCCCUCGCCCACGCCCAUCAGGCGCCCGCUCUUCAAGGCUGCGCCCACGCCCACGCCCAAGCGGGACCAGCCUGUGAGGGAGGAGCCCGUGAAGGAGGAGCCGCGCCAGCCCCUGAGGGAGGCCCCGCGACAGCCCGCCUGGGAGCCGCGGGAGCCGGUGAAGGAGGAGCCUCGCCGCCCCGCCCAGGAGGAGCCCAAGCAGCCCGCCGCAGAGGAGCCCAGAGAGCCCCUGAAGGAGGCGCCGCGGGAGGAGCCGCGUCAGCCCGUGAGGGAGUCCCCGCGGCAGGCAGCCAAGGAGCCCCUGAGGAAGGAGGAGGCGCCGCGGGAGGAGCCGCGGCAGCCCGUGAGGGAGUCCCCGCGGCAGGCACCCAAGGAGCCCCUGAGGAAGGAGGAGGCGCCGCGGGAGGAGCCGCGUCAGCCCGUGGAGGAGCCGCUCAUCGUGCCGCGCCACAUCCACAAGCUGGGCGAGGACGAGGACACGCUGCCCCACGCCCUGCCCAUCACCUCCUCCAGCCUGGUACGGUCCGCCAUGGCCGCCACCAGGCACGCCUCCGCCUCCCCCUCCUCCUCCCCCACCCGCUCCCCCACCCGCUCUCCCACCAGGGAACGCUCCUCCUCCCCUGCACGGGGUAAAUCCGUCCCCCGCAGCAAGGAGGGCUCCCCCGCCCCCCGCCCCAGCAAGGAGAGCUCCCCCGCCCCCUUCAGCAAGGAGUCCUCCCCCACCAGGUUCGUGACGGGCAAGCCGGUGGACAGCGGCGUGGACCUGACCAAGGUGAAGCGCAUCGAGCGGGCCGCCAGCAACAAGAAGCUGCUGGAGGAUCUGGAGGUGCCCAAGGAGAACCUGCCCGGCUACCUCGAGUCCAUCCACUCCAUAUGGGACGUGGUCAGGCUGGAGAUGAUGCUGGAGAAGGCGGUGUCCUACGAGGAGCGACGCAUCAUCAGAGGUCAACUCAGGCUCGCCAAGAAACCAGGGUCAUCCCGCACCACCACCACCGCCACCACCACGCCCAGGAGACCCACUGAAACCACCACUACCACCACGACCCCACGGAAGGUUUCAGAGACCAGGCAGACAGUAGAGACCAGAAAACGAUCCGUGGACACCAGUUUUAGCUCCUCUUCGUCUUCGUCCAUCACCAGGAAGGUCUCAGAAGCGAAGAUUUCACUAGAGAACACCACCACCACCGGAGCUGAAACCAGGAGGAAACCGUCCAUUGAAACCAUCACGACGUCGAGCAGGAAGGUUUCAGAGCCCAAACGAGAACCAUUCGAGCCCAGCAGAAAACCAUUAGGAGAUACCGUGACCACCAACACCGCCACGACCAUGGUUUCUAGAAAGGUUUCAGAAUCGAUGCCAAGGGAAUCCGAACCCACUAGAGAACCGGUGCGCAAGGUUUCAGAGGCGAAGAUAACGAUUGAACCGGUCAGAAAACAGUCGCUAGAAACCGCCUCCUCCACCACCACCACCUCCUCCACCACGCAGAAGAAGGUUUCAAUCACAUCCACCGCCACUUUCACCCUCACCCCCACGCCCUCCACCCCCACCACGGGACUCACAAGUGGUGGGGGGAGUGACGGAGCGCCCCCCAGCACCCCCAGCUCCCCUGGCACCCCCGCCCCAGCCCCGUUCAAACGCCAGAACUCCCGGACCGACCCGAGCGGCUUCGUGCUGUCUCCGGAGAGGGACCGCAACGGGGCGCAGAUGGUGGGGGUGAAGGGGGUGCUUGCCAAGAUACAGAGGUUCAACUCACAAGAACCACAGGACAGCCCCUCCGCUCCCUCCUCCUCCCCCUCCCGCACCUCCCCCGCCCGAGACGAGAGGAGGAAGGAGGAGGACACGGAGCCUCGCAGAUUCGGGGUCACCAAACCAGAGGAGCCGAAGACUAGGCCCAAGGUGUCCGAUCGGUUCACUAGCAAAAUCACUCCCCAGCCCGCCCCGACCCCUUCGAACGAACCCUACGUGGAGCCGCUGCGGUACCAGAAGGGUCAGCGAAUAGCCACGUCCAAGCCCGCCUCGGAGCAGACGGACGUGGACAAGAUCGUGAGUCCGUACGGCGUUGGGCCCACUGACGAGUUCGGAGUGCCUCUCUUCGGCCUGCGCGCCCUCAAGAGACGAACUCCCCCCUCGGCAGAGCCAGCCGCCCCCACCGAGCCGAAGGAGGAGCCGAAGGAGGAGGAGAAGGAGGAGGAGUAUGUACCGAAGGAUGCCCUAGGACGCCCCCUCUUCGGCCUGCGUGCCAUUAAGAAGACCCAGGACUCCGCAGACGAAAGGGAGACUACCACAACCUCCUCCACGGUGUUCCAGAGUAGCCGCCUCGUCAGCAGUGUGUCGUCCCCACGUUCGACCCUUACCACUGACUUGGACUCCACUAAACCCGAGGAAGAGGAAGACAAAGAGGAGGAGGAAGAGGAGGAGAGGGAGGAGGAGAGGGACUCGAGUAGUUCUUCUUCUUCCUCCUCCUCCUCCUCUUCUGAUGAAGAAGACUCCACCCCCCGCACCAGGAGAGGAGUGAAGGAGGACAGCAAGAGGAGGGAGAGGAAGGAGGAGAAGGAGGAGAGGAGGAGGGAGAGGACCAAGGUCACCUCCACCACCAUCACACCCUCCUCCCCGCGUGACAUCACCUCCACCUCCUCCACCACCAUCUCCACCACUAGGUCACAGCCAUUGGACACAGAAGAAGAGACAACCAGGACGAGGUCGUGGAGGCAGCAGAAUGAGUACACCUCCACCUCCACCUUCUCCACCUCCUCCACCUCCUCCACCUCCACCGACAAGCCCAAAGUGGAGAAGAAGCUGACGGGAAUUCUCAAGAAGACCUCCACCUCCAGCCUCUUGGGAGACGUCAAGGAAGAGAAACUCGACAGAAAGAAGCCGGAGGAGGACGAGGAGAACCGGGUGGUGAGAUCGACCAAGCUCUCACGAACCGAGUUGAACACCGCGGAUGAGAUUCUGAACACGAUGACGGACGCUCAGAUCUCCAGACUCUCCCAGGAAUUCGAUCUCCGCGCGCAGGAGGACGGCGUGAUCAGGGCGGAGGAGGAGGAGGGAGUGGAGGAGGUCGAGGGAGGCUACAGGGUCGUUUCCCGAGCUCGCGGUGAGAAGGAGGACGGGUCGAGGUUUGAGCGAAAGACUUCCUACACGGAGAUUAAGCUGCAGCCCACCACGACGACCGCCGGUGAUGAGGGUGUACAGCCGGCGGCCACCACCCAACGGACCUCUGACGGCACACGUACACAAACUCGCACACAGACGGCCUACUCGCGUGUACAGACGGACGAAACACGUACAUACAGAGAGUACCUACGCACACGGAACGAGGAAACACGCACACAGACUGAGAAAAAAAGUACACACACAUUUGAACCACGUACACAGACACCGGAGCCACGGACACACACGGACACACGCACACACACAGACACAUACGGCCUCAGUCAUAUCACUUCCGCUCGCCUCGUUUUAGAAAGCCAGGCAAAGGAGAGAAAGAGGAGCCCGGGGAGGAAGGAAGAGGAAGAGCCAGAAACCAAGAGGAGGCCAGAAAAAGAGCCAGAAAGAGAACCUCAGAGGGAGCCAGAAAUCAAGAGGAGGCCUGGGGAUGAGCCAGAAAGAGAACCUCAGAGGGAGCCAGAAAUCAAGAGGAGGCCUGGGGAUGAGCCUGAAACCAAGGAGCCACUGAAGUUGUCAGAUAUCAAGAGGAGACUAUUUGAAGAGCCAGAAUUCAAGAGGAAGCCUGACAGAGAACCGCGGAAAGAGCCAGAAACCAAGAGGAGUCCAGUCAGGAAGGAGGAAGAGCCAGAAACCAAGAGGAAACCUGAGAGAGAACCGCGGAAAGAGCCAGAAACCAAGAGGAGUCCAGUCAGGAAGGAGGAAGAGCCAGAAACCAAGAGGAAGCCUGACAGAGAACCGCGGAAAGAGCCAGAAACCAAGAGGAGUCCAGUCAGGAAGGAGGAAGAGCCAGAAACCAAGAGGAAGCCUGACAGAGAACCGCGGAAAGAGCCAGAAACCAAGAGGAGUCCGGUCAGGAAGGAGGAAGAGCCAGAAACCAAGAGGAAGCCUGACAGAGAACCGCGGAAAGAGCCAGAAACCAAGAGGAGUCCAGUCAGGAAGGAGGAAGAACCAGAAACCAAGAGGAAACCUGAGAGAGAACCGCGGAAAGAGCCAGAAACCAAGAGGAGUCCAGUCAGGAAGGAGGAAGAACCAGAAACCAAGAGGAAGCCUGAGAGAGAACCGCGGAAAGAGCCUGAAACCAAGAGGAGUCCAACCAGAAAGGAAGAAGAGCCACAAAUCAAGAGGAGGCCUGAUAAAGAGCCUGAAACCAAGAGGAGUCCAUCCAGAAAGGAGCCAGAGCCAGAAACCAAGAGGAGGCCUAGUGAUGAGCCAGAAACCAAGAGGAGGCCAGACAGAGAACCAAGGAAACAGCCAGAAACCAAGAGGAGUCCCGUCAGGAAGGAGGAAGAACUAGAAACCAAGAGGAGUCCAACCAGAAAGGAGCCAGAGACGGAAACCAAGAGGAGGCCUAGCAGGGAGCCAGAAACUAAGAGGAGUCCAUUAAGGAAGGAGGAAGAGCCAGAAACCAAGAGGAGUCCAACUAGAAAGGAGCCAGAGACGGAAGCCAAGAGGAGGCCUAGCAGGGAGCCAGAAACCAAGAGGAGUCCAACUAGAAAAGAGCCAGAGACGGAAGCCAAGAGGAGGCCUAGCAGGGAGCCAGAAACCAAGAGGAGUCCAACCAGAAUGGAGCCAGAGACGGAAACCAAGAGGAGGCCUAGCAGGGAGCCAGAAACUAAGAGGAGUCCAACCAGAAAGGAGCCAGAGCCAGAAACCAAGAGGAAGCCUGACAGAGAACCAAGGAAAGAGCCAGAAACCAAGAGGAGUCCAGUUAGGAAGGACGAAGAGCCAGAAACCAAGAGGAGUCCCGUCAGAAAGGAGUCAGAGCCAGAAACCAAGAGGAAGCCUGACAGAGAACCAGGGAAAGAGCCAGAAACCAAGAGGAGUCCAGUCAGGAAGGAGGAAGAGCCAGAAACCAAGAGGAGGCCUGACAAGGAGCCUGAGAAAGAGCCAGAAACCAAGAGAUGGCCUGACAAAGAGCCUGAGAAAGAGCCAGAAACCAAGAGGAGGCCUGACAAGGAGCCUGAGAAAGAGCCAGAAACCAAGAGGAGGCCUGACAAAGAGCCUGAGAAAGAGCCAGAAACCAAGAGGAGGCCUGACAAAGAGCCUGAGAAAGAGCCAGAAACCAAGAGGAGGCCUGACAAAGAGCCUGAGAAAGAGCCAGAAACCAAGAGGAGGCCUGACAAGGAGCCUGAGAAAGAGCCAGAAACCAAGAGGCGUCCCGAUCAAGAGCCAGAGAAAGAGCCAGAAACCAAGAGGAGGCCUGACAAAGAGCCAGAGAAAGAGCCAGAAGUCAAGAGGAGGCCUGAUAGAGAGCCAGAGAGCAAGAGGAAGCCUGCCAAGCAACCACAGGAAGAACCAGAAACCAAGAGGAGUCCAGUCAGGAAGGAAGAAGAGCCGGAAACCAAGAGGAAACCCGACAAGGAGCCACUUAAAGAGCCUGAAAUCAAGAGGAGGACUGACAAAGAAAGAGAAACUAAGAGGAGUCCAGUAAGAAAGGAAGAAGAGCCAGAAACCAAGGGGAGACCUGAUAAAGAGCCAAAGGAGCCAGAUACCAAGAGGAGUCCUGAGAGGGAGCCAGAAACCAAGAGGAAACCUGAUAAAGAGCCAAAGGAGCCAGAUACCAAGAGGAGUCCUGAGAGGGAGCCAGAAACCAAGAGGAGUCCAGUAAGAAAGGAAGAAGAGCUAGAAACCAAGAGGAGUCCCGUCAGAAAGGAGCCAGAGCCAGAAACCAAGAAGAGGCCUGACAGAGAACCAAGGAAAGAGCCAGAAACCAAGAGGAGUCCAGUUAGGAAGGAGGAAGAGCCUGAAACCAAGAGGAGACCUGAGAAAGAGCCAGAAACCAAGAGGAGGCCUGACAAGGAGCCUGAGAAAGAGCCAGAAACCAAGAGGAGGCCUGACAAGGAGCCUGAGAAAGAGCCAGAAACCAAGAGGAGGCCUGAAGAGAAACAAAAAGAGCCAGAAAUCAAGAGGAGGCCUGAGAGAGAGCCACACACCAAGAGGAAGUCUGGUGAUGAGCCGGAGGUCAAGAAGACUGACAAGGAGCCGGAAACCAAGAGGAAACCGGAUAAAGAGCCACAGAGAAAGCCAGAAAUCAAGAGGAGUCCAGUCAGAAAAGAGGAAGAGCCAGAAGCGAUUAAGAGCCCAAGAGAGCCACAACGGGAGCCAGAGCCAAGAAGAAAACCUGUCAAAGAGGCAAAGGAACCAGAAACCAAGAGGAGGCCAGGUGAGGAGCCAGAGACCAAGAGGAGGCCCGACAUAGUCACCAAGAAAGAGCCAGACACCAAGCAAAGGCCUGACAGAGAAGCACAAAGGGAGCCAGAAACCAGGAGGGAGCCAGAGAAGAAACCACAAGAUGAGUCAGAACCCAUCACGAGGCCUGACAGAGAACCGCGAGAGCCGGUGACGAAGAAACCUGACAAGAAAACACCGGAGCCAGAACUAAAGACUAAACCUGGUGAUGAGCCAGAAACCAAGAGGAGGCCUGGUGAUGAGCCAGAAACCAAGAGGAGGCCUGGUGAUGAGCCAGAAACCAAGAGGAGGCCUGGUGAUGAGCCAGAAACCAAGAGGAGGCCUGGUGAUGAGCCAGAAACCAAGAGGAGGCCUGGUGAUGAGCCAGAAACCAAGAGGAGGCCUGGUGAUGAGCCAGAAACCAAGAGGAGGCCUGGUGAUGAGCCAGAAACCAAGAGGAGGCCUGGUGAUGAGCCAGAAACCAAGAGGAGGCCUGGUGAUGAGCCAGAAACCAAGAGGAGGCCUGGUGAUGAGCCAGAAACCAAGAGGAGGCCUGGUGAUGAGCCAGAAACCAAGAGGAGGCCUGGUGAUGAGCCAGAAACCAAGAGGAGGCCUGGUGAUGAGCCAGAAACCAAGAGGAGGCCUGGUGAUGAGCCAGAAACCAAGAGGAGGCCUGGUGAUGAGCCAGAAACCAAGAGGAGGCCUGGUUCUGAGCCAGAAACCAAGAGGAGGCCUGGUGAUGAGCCAGAAACCAAGAGGAGGCCUGGUGAUGAGCCAGAAACCAAGAGGAGGCCUGGUGAUGAGCCAGAAACCAAGAGGAGGCCUGGUGAUGAGCCAGAAACCAAGAGGAGGCCUGGUGACGAGCCAGAAACCAAGAGGAGGCCUGGUGAUGAGCCAGAAACCAAGAGGAGGCCUGACUAUAAGCCAGAAAACAAGAGGAGGCCUGGUGACGAGCCAGAAACCAAGAGGAGGCCUGGUGAUGAGCCAGAAACCAAGAGGAGGCCUGGUGAUGAGCCAGAAACCAAGAGGAGGCCUGGUGACGAGCCAGAAACCAAGAGGAGGCCUGGUGAUGAGCCAGAAACCAAGAGGAGGCCUGGUGACGAGCCAGAAACCAAGAGGAGGCCUGGUGAUGAGCCAGAAACCAAGAGGAGGCCUGGUGAUGAGCCAGAAACCAAGAGGAGGCCUGGUGACCAGCCAGAAACCAAGAGGAGGAGGAGGCCUGGUGAUGAGCCAGAAACCAAGAGGGUCACCGAAUACGAACUAGAAAUCAAGAGGAGAUCUGAUUAUGAGCUAGAAAUCGAGAGGUCUGACUAUAAUCUCGAAAUCAAGAGGAGGCCUGGUGACGAGCCAGAAACCAAGAGGAGGCCUGGUGAUGAGCCAGAAACCAAGAGGAGGCCUGGUGAUGAGCCAGAAACCAAGAGGAGGCCUGGUGAUGAGCCAGAAACCAAGAGGAGGCCUGGUGAUGAGCCAGAAACCAAGAGGAGGCCUGAUGAUGAGCCAGAAACCAAGAGGAGGCCUGGUGAUGAGCCAGAAACCAAGAGGAGGCCUGGUGAUGAACCAGAAACAAAAACCAAGAGGAGGCCUGGUGACCAAGCAGAAGCCAAGAGGAGGCCUGGUGAUGUACCAGAAACCAAGAGGAGGCCUGGUGAUAUACCAGAAACUAAGAGGAGGCCUGGUGAUGAGCCAGAAACCAAGAGGAGGCCUGGUGAUGAGCCAGAAACCAAGAGGAGGCCUGGUGAUGAGCCAGAAACCAAGAGGAGGCCUGGUGACCAACCAGAAACCAAGAGGAGGCCUGGUUCUGAGCCAGAAACCAAGAGGAAGCCUGGUGAUGAGCCACAAACCAAGAGGAGCCCUGGUGAUGAGCCAGAAACCAAGAGGGUCACCGAAUACGAACUAGAAAUCAAGAGGAGAUCUAAUUAUGAGCUAGAAAUCGAGAGGUCUGACUAUAAUCUCGAAAUCAAGAGGAGGCCUGGUGACGAGCCAGAAACCAAGAGGAGGCCUGGUGAUGAGCCAGAAACCAAGAGAAGGCCUGGUGACCAGCCAGAAACCAAGAGGAGGCCUGGUGACGAGCCAGAAACCAAGAGGAGGCCUGGUGAUGAGCCAGAAACCAAGAGGAGGCCUGGUGACGAGCCAGAAACCAAGAGGAGGCCUGGUGACGAGCCAGAAACCAAGAGGAUUUCCGAGUAUGAACUAGAAAUCAAGAGGAGAUCUGAUUAUGAGCUAGAAAUCGAGAGGUCUGACUAUAAUCUCGAAAUCAAGAGGAGGCCUGGUGACGAGCCAGAAACCAAGAGGAGGCCUGGUGAUGAGCCAGAAACCAAGAGGAGGCCUGGUGACCAGCCAGAAACCAAGAGGAGGCCUGGUGAUGAGCCAGAAACCAAGAGGAGGCCUGGUGACCAGCCAGAAACCAAGAGGAGGCCUGGUGAUGAGCCAGAAACCAAGAGGAGGCCUGGUGAUGAGCCAGAAACCAAGAGGAGGCCUGGUGACCAGCCAGAAACCAAGAGGAGGCCUGGUGAUGAGCCAGAAACCAAGAGGAGGCCUGGUGAUGAGCCAGAAACCAAGAGGAGGCCUGGUGAUGAGCCAGAAACCAAGAGGAGGGCUGGUGAUGAGCCAGAAACCAAGAGGAGGCCUGGUGAUGAGCCAGAAACCAAGAGGAGGCCUGGUGAUGAACCAGAAACAAAAACCAAGAGGAGGCCUGGUGACCAACCAGAAACCAAGAGGAGGCCUGGUGACCAAGCAGAAACCAAGAGGAGGCCUGGUGAUGUACCAGAAACCAAGAGGAGGCCUGGUAAUGAGCCAGAAACCAAGAGGAGGCCUGGUGAUGAGCCAGAAACCAAGAGGAGGCCUGGUGAUGAGAAAGAAACCAAGAGGAGGCCUGGUGACCAACCAGAAACCAAGAGGAGGCCUGGUUCUGAGCCAGAAACCAAGAGGAAGCCUGGUGAUGAGCCACAAAUCAAGAGGAGCCCUGGUGAUGAGCCAGAAACCAAGAGGGUCACCGAAUACGAACUAGAAAUCAAGAGGAGAUCUAAUUAUGAGCUAGAAAUCGAGAGGUCUGACUAUAAUCUCGAAAUCAAGAGGAGGCCUGGUGACGAGCCAGAAACCAAGAGGAGGCCUGGUGACGAGCCAGAAACCAAGAGGAGGCCUGGUGAUGAGCCAGAAACCAAGAGAAGGCCUGGUGACCAGCCAGAAACCAAGAGGAGGCCUGGUGACGAGCCAGAAACCAAGAGGACGCCUGGUGAUGAGCCAAAAACCAAGAGGAGGCCUGGUGACGAGCCAGAAACCAAGAGGAUUUCCGAGUAUGAACUAGAAAUCAAGAGGAGAUCUGAUUAUGAGCUAGAAAUCGAGAGGUCUGACUAUAAUCUCGAAAUCAAGAGGAGGCCUGGUGACGAGCCAGAAACCAAGAGGAGGCCUGGUGACGAGCCAGAAACCAAGAGGAGGCCUGGUGAUGAGCCAGAAACCAAGAGGAGGCCUGGUGAGCCAGAAACCAAGAGGAGGCCUGGUGAUGAGCCAGAAACCAAGAGGAGGCCUGGUGAUGAGCCAGAAACCAAGAGGAGGCCUGGUGAUGAGCCAGAAACCAAGAGGAGGCCUGGUGACCAACCAGAAACCAAGAGGAGGCCUGGUGAUGAGCCAGAAACCAAGAGGAGGCCUGGUGACCAACCAGAAACCAAUAGGAGGCCUGGUGAUGAGCUAGAAAUCAAGAGGAGGUCUGGUUAUGAGCCAGAAAUCAAGAGGAGGCCUGGUGAUGAGCCAGAAACCAAGAGGAGGCCUGGUGACCAACCAGAAACCAAGAGGAGGCCUGGUGAUGAGCCAGAAACCAAGAGGAGGCCUGGUGAUGAGCCAGAAACCAAGAGGAGGCCUGGUGAUGAGCCAGAAACCAAGAGGAGGCCUGGUGAUGAGCCAGAAACCAAGAGGAGGCCUGGUGAUGAGCCAGAAACCAAGAGGAGGCCUGGUGACCAACCAGAAACCAAUAGGAGGCCUGGUGACCAACCAGAAACCAAGAGGAGGCCUGGUGACCAACCAGAAACCAAGAGGAGGCCUGGUGAUGUACCAGAAACCAAGAGGAGGCCUGGUGAUGAGCCAGAAACCAAGAGGAGGCCUGGUGAUGAGCCAGAAACCAAGAGGAGGCCUGGUGAUGAGCCAGAAACCAAGAGGAGGCCUGGUGACCAACCAGAAACCAAGAGGAGGCCUGGUUCUGAGCCAGAAACCAAGAGGAAGCCUGGUGAUGAGCCAGAAACCAAGAGGAGGCCUGGUUCUGAGCCAGAAACCAAGAGGAGGCCUGGUGAUGAGCCAGAAACCAAGAGGAGGCCUGGUGAUGAGCCAGAAACCAAGAGGAGGCCUGGUGAUGAGCCAGAAACCAAGAGGAGGCCUGGUUCUGAGCCAGAAACCAAGAGGAAGCCUGGUGAUGAGCCAGAAACCAAGAGGAGGCCUGGUGUGGUGCCAGAAACCAAGAGUACGCCUGGUGAUGAGCCAGAAACCAAGAGGAGGCCUGGUGAUGAGCCAGAAACCAAGAGGAGGCCUGGUGAUGAGCCAGAAACCAAGAGGAGGCCUGGUGAUGAGCCAGAAACCAAGAGGAGGCCUGGUGAUGAGCCAGAAACCAAGAGGAGGCCUGGUGAUGAGCCAGAAACCAAGAGGAGGCCUGGUGAUGAGCCAGAAACCAAGAGGAGGCCUGGUGAUGAGCCAGAAACCAAGAGGAGGCCUGGUGACCAACCAGAAACCAAGAGGAGGCCUGGUGAUGAGCCAGAAACCAAGAGGAGGCCUGGUUCUGAGCCAGAAACCAAGAGGAGGCCUGGUGAUGAGCCAGAAACCAAGAGGAGGCCUGGUGAUGAGCCAGAAACCAAGAGGAGGCCUGGUGACCAACCAGAAACCAAGAGGAGGCCUGGUGAUGAGCCAGAAACCAAGAGGAGGCCUGGUGAUGAGCCAGAAACCAAGAGGAGGCCUGGUGAUGAGCCAGAAACCAAGAGGGUCACCGAAUACGAACUAGAAAUCAAGAGGAGAUCUGAUUAUGAGCUAGAAAUCGAGAGGUCUGACUAUAAUCUCGAAAUCAAGAGGAGGCCUGGUGACGAGCCAGAAACCAAGAGGAGGCCUGGUGAUGAGCCAGAAACCAAGAGGAGGCCUGGUGACGAGCCAGAAACCAAGAGGAGGCCUGGUGACGAGCCAGAAACCAAGAGGAGGCCUGGUGAUGAGCCAGAAACCAAGAGGAGGCCUGGUGAUGAGCCAGAAACCAAGAGGAGGCCUGGUGAUGAGCCAGAAACUAAGAGGAGGCCUGGUGAUGAGUCAGAAACCAAGAGGAGGCCUGGUGAUGAGCCAGAAACCAAGAGGAGGCCUGGUGACCAGCCAGAAACCAAGAGGAGGCCUGGUGAUGAGCCAGAAACCAAGAGGAGGCCUGGUGACCAACCAGAAACAAAGAGGAGGCCUGGUGAUGAGCCAGAAACCAAGAGGAGGCCUGGUGACCAACCAGAAACAAAGAGGAGGCCUGGUGAUGAGCCAGAAACCAAGAGGAGGCCUGGUGACCAACCAGAAACCAAGAGGAGGCCUGGUGAUGAGCCAGAAACCAAGAGGAGGCCUGGUGAUGAGCCAGAAACCAAGAGGAGGCCUGGUGACCAGCCAGAAACCAAGAGGAGGCCUGGUGACCAGCCAGAAACCAAGAGGAGGCCUGGUGACCAGCCAGAAACCAAGAGGAGGAGGCCUGCCAAGAGGAGGCCUGGUGAUGAGCCAGAAACCAAGAGGAGGCCUGGUGAUGAGCCAGAAAUCAAGAGGAGGCCUGGUGAUGAGCCCGAAACCAAGAGGAGGCCUGGUGAUGAGCCAGAAACCAAGAGGAGGCCUGGUGAUGAGCCAGAAACCAAGAGGAGGCCUGGUGAUGAGCCAGAAACCAAGAGGAGGCCUGGUGAUGAGCCAGAAACCAAGAGGAGGCCUGGUGAUGAGCCAGAAACCAAGAGGAGGCCUGGUGAUGUGCCAGAAACCAAGAGGAGGACUGGUGAUGAGCCAGAAACCAAGAGGAGGCCUGGUGACCAGCCAGAUAUCAAGAAGAGGACUGGUGAUGAGCCAGAAAUCAAGAGGAGGCCUGGUGAUGAGCCAGAAAUCAAAAGGAGGCCUGGAGAUGAGCCCGAAACCAAGAGGAGGCCUGGUGAUGUACCAGAACCUAAGAGGAGGCCUGGUGAUGAGCCAGAAACCAAGAGGAUUCCUGGUGAUGAGCCAGAAACCAAGAGGAGUCCUGGUGAUGAACCAGAAACUAAGAGGAGGCCUGGUGAUGAGCCAGAAACCAAGAGGAGUCCUGGUGAUGAGCCAGAAACCAAGAGGAGGCCUGGUGAUGAGCCAGAAACCAAGAGGGUCACCGAAUACGAACUAGAAAUCAAGAGGAGAUCUGAUUAUGAGCUAGAAAUCGAGAGGUCUGACUAUAAUCUCGAAAUCAAGAGGAGGCCUGGUGACGAGCCAGAAACCAAGAGGAGGCCUGGUGAUGAGCCAGAAACCAAGAGGAGGCCUGGUGAUGAGCCAGAAACCAAGAGGAGGCCUGGUGAUGAGCCAGAAACCAAGAGGAGGCCUGGUGAUGAGCCAGAAACCAAGAGGAGGCCUGGUGAUGAGCCAGAAACCAAGAGGAAGCCUGGUGAUGAGCCAGAAACCAAGAGGAGGCCUGGUGAUGAGCCAGAAACCAAAAAGCCUGACAAAGAACCACUGUUAGAGUCAGAAAUGAAGAGGAGGCCUGUCAAAGAGCCACAAAAGGAGUCAGAACCUAAGAGGCGUCCUGUCAAGGAGCCGCAGAGGGAGCCAGAGCCCAAGAGGAGCCCUGUCAAGGCGCCACAGAGGGAACCUGAGGCCAAGAGGAGCCCUGUCAAGGCGCCACAGAGGGAGGCAGAGCCCAAGGGGAGGCUACGUAGUGAGCCCCAUGAGCCGGCUAGCCCCGGUCAGCGUGUCCCUGGCAGCCCCUCGCCGCGGCUGCCCGCCAGGACGGCCCGCGCCACGCAGCCCGCAGCAGGAGCCCUGCAGGCAGGAGCCUGA